AGGUUUGGGGUCUACCUGGGGACUUGUAUCGUGAGGAGAGGAGGGGCCAUGGGAAAUCGUCAAGUUUUGUCUCAGUAUUCUGCUCUUUGAAAGUGAAGGUGUUGCUGCUGCGAUGAGUAUGUGGGAGGACCAGCUCUAUGCGCAGGGCAGUAGCAACAAGGAAGCGCUGGAUUUCUCGAUGUGGGAACUAACUACCGAUGACAAGAAUCAUGCUCCCUUUGGCGAGUUCAAUGCUCCUCAAGAUCGGAGAAAUCAGCCUGUAGACUUCUUUGACUUCCAGUUCGUCAACAAUCAAGAUUUUCAGAGAGCUCAUGUCGAGCCGCCAGUCUUUGCAGGUGCGAUUGCGCCGCCCGAGGUGCCGUUGGCCGUGUCGCACCACAACAGGAAACGGCCGCUGCCGGACGACGACUGGUGUCUUGCCAUCUCUGAUGAACUGCAGAGGAAGAACGAGCUCGACGCGCUCAUCCUUGCUCAGGGACGGGACCAAGGAACACCGAAUUACGUCAGAAUCUCAGUGGACAACUACGAGAACCUGAUGCUGAUGAAGAAGGCGUCGGAGGCGAUCGGCCUUCACUUCACGCUCCUCAGGCUGGCGAGGGAGGUUGGGUUCCCGGUCAGUGAGUUCCUGCAAGCCUACAAGAUCCUCCCCGACGGAAUCAAGUCAGCCAUCCACGAGGGGAUCCGCUCAAUCCAGAACCUUGCCCGGGCGCGACUGAGCAAGAGGCUGCAAGAUGGCUACGAUCCGAGGAUAGAGCAGGAGCUGGAGGUGAAGCAGUCGGUGGGAAGGAUCUCGGGGAUGUGGUUGGGAGACGAGCAGGAGAACGUCUGGAAGGAGGGAGAACUGGAUGAUGACUUCUGGGGUCACGGAAGGUGGAUCUGUGUGGAGUACGACGUGAACACGAGCAUGAGGAAGAGCUGCAGGAUGGGGCGGGAGUACGCGGCUCUCUUCGGGAUCCACUCGGAGGAGUGGCUGGCCCGCUUCGCAGAGAACCAGGUCCCGAUCUACACGUCGCAGAUCAUGUUGCUAUGCAUCUUGCUUGAGGCUGUUUUCAACUGCUCCUCCACCACCCUCGUCCGUUACUGGAGGGUGCAGCAGUUCCCGAGGAACGGGCAGGAGCCUUCCAACCUGCUCAUUCGGUGCAAGAUCGUUCAAGUGUUUGACUCCCAGGGGAGGAAGACGCGAUUCAGCAUGGUGUUCGAUCAGGUGUCGGACGAGGAGUACUACCGGGAGGCGAGGGAGGCAGGAGGGAACGGGUUCCUGGACCUGGUCAUGGACCACAGGAAGCGGCAAGCGAACCUGCUUGACAACUUCAAGAGGGAAAUGCAGUUCAUGGGGAAGAUAGCGUACAUGAGGAAGAACAAGAUGGGCAAGAGCAUGCUAGAGGAGCUUGAGAAACAGCUGAAGAUCCGCACGGAGGAGAUUGUGCAGGAGACUGAGAAACUGAAGCUCGACGGUCGUUCUCCCAGCGAACUGUCUACGGCCUCCACGGUGUCAUAGGCACGAGGAGGACGAGGCUGACGGUUGUUGAUGAAUCCAAGGCAUGCGGAUUGAGACGAAGCCGCCCAAUGUGUUCCGCAAAGCUUGGACACUACUUGUAUCAUGUAGCUAUGGUGAUGGUGAUGGUGAUGGUGAUGGUGAUGUUGUAGCAGAAGGGAAGAGGAAGAGGAGGAUGCGGGCAUGUGGAUAUCACUCUCUCCAACAGAUUUUUGCAGGAGAGAUGUGCUAGGAUAAGUUUUUCUGUAAUGAGAGUGAAGACAACGAGACUG